AGUGUGUUAGACCUGGGAGCGGGGGGACGCUAAUGGCUGACGGUUCUCCCGGGCGGAAGUUAGUUUUGUUUUCAAGAAGUCGUAUGUUUUUCAAACUAACUCCUUAAUAGCUGGUAUUUUAUGAACAUGGCGGCUACAUGAAGAGUUUAUAUGUUAGUGUAGAAUAAGUAUAAGCUGAAAUGUCUCCUCUUAAAGAGUACGUGGAUAAAGUGACUCGUGUUUAUGAGCGGUACAUUGAGUAUGUGAAGAGAAACCCCUCCGCCGCCGCACAGGUGGAGGGGACGGUGCGGACCCUCUCAUACCUGAUCGCAGGGCGAUUCACAGAUUCCCAUUUAAUAUCUGAACUAGUGUACUCUGCCUCCAACCUGCUGGUGUUGUUCAAUGACAGUAUUCUGCGCAAAGGGCUGAGAUGUUCCCUCCCUGUGCCCCUCUCUCAGCAGAGGCUCCUCACCUGGCUCUCGGUGAUGGAGCAUGUGGAGGUCUUCCUGGAGAUGGGAUCCUGCAGGCUGUGGGGGGACGCAGGCCGCUGGCUGGUGAUCGGGCUCAUUCAGAUAUUCAAGGCCAUUUUUCGCCUUGUGCUUCUUCUGUGGUACAAAUCUGGCAUCCAGACUUCACCUCCCAUAAUGCCCGUUGACAGAGCAGCUGAAUACAUCGGGGAAGAUGAGGCUAACGGGGAACAACAAGAAGAAGAAGACACCUGCUACGUGGGCCAGAGGUCAGGACGGGUCAUCAGGCCCCUCGGCAGCACUCCCUCCCUGCAGGCGCGGCGGUGGGGAGCCCCGGGUCAGAGUAAGAGGACGAGCGGCUCCAACGGGGAGAAGCUCCACGCCACACCUCUGGGUCUUCAGGAGACCCUCGCAGAGGCCGUGUACAUCGGACGGCCUCUCGUGCACUUGCUCUGCCUGGGACUCUGUGGGAAGCGGUCCUGGAAGCCCUGGCUCAUGUCUGGAGUCCUCGAACUCUCCAGUUUCGCUGUGCUCAGUGAAAGAAAAUGUCAAAAUCGAUGGGAGAAGGCGGAGAUGAGGAGAAGGACAUUCCUUCUGCUCUACUACCUGCUGCGAUCACCCUUCUACGACAAGUUCUCUGAGGAAAAGAUUCUCUUCCUGCUCAGACUUCUGGCUGAUAAUGUCCCAGGGAUAGGCCUCAUUGCACGGCCUCUGAUGGAUUACCUCCCCUCCUGGCAGAAGAUCUACUUCUACAACUGGGGAUAAACCCCCAUGGAUGUGUUCGGAACUUUAUCAUUCGCAAGUCGACGAGGGCAACAAUGAGAACGGAACGGUCCGGCCCAGGGACAGGCGCUUUAUAAUUUCCCCACAAAUCAGAUGAAAUGAUGUGGAGAUAAUUACCACUUUCCCCUGACAGCGAGGACCCUCCUUAUUCCUGGUUACUUAAGAAAUAAGCCCUACAUGUUUUACUACCUUGUUUCUGACGGAACAAAGCACUGGUUUGAUGAAUGCUUCAAAAGCUAAAUUUGCCCUGUAAGCCAAAUGUUGGAGAUCUCCAUUCUUUGGGUAGGUGACGAUUCAUGAGUGUCAGUACUGUGAAAACGACAUGUGACUAAAGGCAGCAUGUCAAACCCAGCACCUUGAUUGACAGUCUGUUUUCCACCAGCAAGCGUUGCAUUUCCAUUUCUUUAGGAAGAGUUGCUGGCAGGGAAGAGUUGCUGGCAG